GUCGCCGGGCGCCGCCCGCCCCGCAUCCCGCAUCCCGCAUCCCGCAUCCCGCAUCCCGCAUCCCGCAUCCCGCAUCCCGCCGCCGGCCCCAAAUGGAUUAUCUGCGGCUGGUGCUCUCCUGCCUCGUCCCCCUGCACGGCUGCCUGGCCGCCGGCAGCGCCCCAGAGCUCCUGCUGUCCGGCAAGCUCAGCGAGUAUGGAGUGAUCGUCCCGUUCAGCACCGACUGCCGGGGCCGCUUCCUGUCGCACGUGGUGUCCGGCGAGGCGGCGGCGGGGCUCGGCCAGCCCGCCUGUGCCCCGGACCCGUCCCGCUCCCGCUCCCGCUCCCGCUCCCGCUCCCGCUCCCGCUCCCGCCGCGUCCCCCGCAGCCCCCCGGAUGAGCCCCCCCAGCGCCGCCUGCUCUACUUCAACGUCACGGUUUUUGGGAAGGAGCUGCACCUCCGGCUGAGGCCCAACCACCGGCUGCUGCCGCCGGGAGCCGUGGCGGAGUGGCAGGAGGAUUUCGAGGUGCUUUUCCGGGAGCCGCUCCAGCAGCGCUGCCUUUUCACCGGUGACAUCUCCGGGAUGCCCGGAGCUGCCGUGGCCAUCAGCAACUGCGAUGGGCUGGCUGGCCUGAUUCGGACAGACAGCAGCGAGUUCUUCAUCGAGCCCCUGGAGAGGGGCCAGCAGGACACGGAGGAGCACGGCAGGGCCCACGUGGUCUAUCGGCGCUCGGCCAUCCGGCAGGAUGGUGCUGAGCCACGCCACGACCUCCAUCCCCAAGCACCCGGGGUGCAGGUGGGGGAGCUCCCCAAUUCCCUGGAGCUGAUGGCGGAGCGGCUGCGGGACGCGGAGCGCAAGCGGCGCCACGCCAGGAAGGACGACUACAACAUCGAGGUGCUGCUGGCUGUGGAUGACUCUGUGGUGCGCUUCCAUGGCAAGGAGCACGUCCAGAACUACGUCCUCACCCUCAUGAACAUAGUGGAUGAAAUUUAUCAUGAUGAGUCUCUGGGCGUUCACAUCAACAUCGUGCUGGUCAGGAUGAUCAUGGUGGGAUAUCGUCAGUCGGUGAGCCUGAUCGAGCGCGGCAAUCCAUCGCGCAGCCUGGAGCAGGUGUGCCGCUGGGCGCACUCCCAGCAGCGCCCCGACCCCCAGCACGCCGAGCACCACGACCACGCCGUCUUCCUCACCAGGCAAGAUUUUGGGCCAGCAGGUAUGCAAGGCUACGCUCCGGUGACGGGGAUGUGCCACCCUCUCCGCAGCUGCACCCUCAACCACGAGGACGGCUUCUCCUCCGCCUUCGUCGUGGCCCAUGAGACCGGCCACGUGCUGGGCAUGGAGCACGAUGGCCAAGGGAACCGCUGCGCCGACGAGACCAGCAUGGGGAGCAUCAUGGCGCCGCUGGUGCAGGCCGCCUUCCACCGCUACCACUGGUCCCGCUGCAGCAAGCAGGAGCUCAACCGAUACAUCCACUCCUACGACUGCCUCCUGGAUGACCCCUUUGAGCACCAGUGGCCCACCUUACCUGAGCUGCCGGGAAUCAAUUAUUCCAUGGACGAGCAGUGCCGCUUCGACUUCGGCGUGGGGUACAAGACGUGCACGGCGUUCCGCACCUUCGACCCCUGCAAGCAGCUGUGGUGCAGCCACCCGGACAACCCCUACUUCUGCAAGACCAAGAAGGGGCCGCCCUUGGAUGGCACUGAGUGCUCUCCUGGCAAGUGGUGCUUCAAGGGCCACUGCAUCUGGAAGACGUCAGAGCAGCCUUACAGCCAGGAUGGCAGCUGGAGCUCCUGGUCCAAGUUCGGCUCGUGCUCCAGGACCUGCGGGGGAGGCGUGCGGUCCCGCAGCCGGAGCUGCGACAACCCGCCCCCGGCGUACGGAGGGCGGCAGUGCCCGGGAGCCACCUACGAGUACCAGGUGUGCAAUGCCGAGGAGUGCCCGGGGCCAUACCAGGAUUUCCGUGCCCAGCAGUGCUCCAAGCGCAACUCCUACUACACCCACCAGAACAGCAAGCACUCCUGGCUUCCCUACGAGCAUCAUGACGAUGCUCAGAAGUGUGAGCUGAUCUGCCAGUCUGAGGGCACGGGAGACGUGGUGUUCAUGAACCAGGUUGUCCACGACGGGACGCGCUGCAGCUACCGGGACCCCUACAGCGUCUGCGUCCGCGGCGAGUGCGUGCACGUCGGCUGUGACAAGGAGGUUGGCUCCCUGAAGCAGGAUGACAAGUGUGGGGUCUGUGGUGGGGACAAUUCCCACUGCCGGACGGUGAAGGGCACGCUGGCCAAGACCCCCAAACAGCCAGGUGUUUUGAAGAUGUUUGAGAUCCCAGCUGGAGCAAGGCACCUUCAGAUAGAAGAGAUGGAGCCAGCAUCCCACAGCAUUGCUGUUAAGAAUCAAGCCACGGGGAACUUCAUCCUGAAUGCCAAGGGCAAAGAAGCCAAAAGCCAAGUGUUCAUUGAGAUGGGCUUGGAGUGGGAAUACACUGUGGAACAGGGCAAGGAGAGCCUGAAAACCAGCGGUCCCCUGCAUGAGGCCAUCAGUGUUUUGGUCAUUCCUCAGGAGGAGGAGGUGAGGAGCAGCCUCAUGUACAGGUACAUCAUCCAUGAAGACCUGCUGCCCAUGAUUGGAAAUAACAACGUCCUGCUGGAGGAGAUGGAUUCCUACGAGUGGGCCCUCAAGAGCUGGUCCCAGUGCUCCAAGGCUUGUGGAGGAGGCAUCCAGUACACCAAGUACGGCUGCCGUCGGAAAAGCGACAACCGGAUGGUGCACAGGAACUUCUGUGACAACAGCAAGAAGCCAAAACCAAUCCGGAGGCGCUGCAACCUCCAGGAAUGCUCCCAGCCCAUGUGGGUGGCUGAGGAGUGGGGCGCCUGCAGCCGCUCCUGCGGGAAGCUGGGGGUGCAGGCACGGGCUGUGCAGUGCCUGCAGCGCCUGCAGGACGGCACCAACCGCACCCUGCACACCAAGUACUGCCCCGGGCAGCGCCCCGAGACGCGCCGGCCCUGCGGCCGCCUGCCCUGCCCCGCACAGUGGAGGACAGGAGCCUGGUCCGAGUGCUCGGUGACCUGCGGGGAAGGCGUCCAGCAGCGGCAGGUGGUGUGCAAGGGCAGCGACGGCGGCGCCCGCUGCGAGGGUGACAAGCCAGAGGCCAUCCAGGGAUGCCACAUGGCUCUCUGCCCAGGGAAGCUCUCCGGCAUCACCUCCAGCGCCGACGCUGGUGACCGCGGCACCACCAAAGGGCAGCGGCUGCCCCAGGACGGAGCCAAAAACCCCGUGAGCAAGAUCUCCUCCAGGGAGCCUUGCCUCGGGGACAAGUCCAUCUUCUGCCAGAUGGAGGUCCUGGCUCGCUACUGCUCCAUCCCUGGAUACAACAAGCUCUGCUGUGAAUCCUGUGGGAAGAAAGCCUCCUCCACCACGGGCUCACCCCCUGUCACUGGCAUUCCCCCAGGAACCACCACUCCCAGCCCUGCUCCAGUGCUUUUACCCUACCCCACCACCCCAGCUCAGAGGGAACCAGGUGGGGACCCCACUCCAGCACCUGGGAUAUCCAGCAGUGGUGUUUUCCCAGGGGAGCUGCCAGCCCCAAGGGAGCCAGGAAGGGGCCAGGGGGCCAGGUAACCUGCUUGGGACCACCUCACUCUGAGGCAGGGAAAGCCUUUCUCCCUCUUCCCUCCCUUUCUCCUCACCUUUUUCUUCUCCCCCAACUUCCAGCGAUGGUUUUCAUGGGUAGCCCUGCCAGGUUUGGGAACAACCUGGCUCAGCACCCAAAAAUUCCUGGGAAAACCACUCAUUUCUCAUGAUCCCACUUGCCCUCCCAGCCAGUGCCAUGAACAAAAAGAUGGAAAAGAGCAAAAAAAAGCUGCAGGUAGACAGGCUGCUUCCUCCCAAGGUGCUAAAAUGAUGUGGGAGGGGGGUGGCUUUAAUGCUGCAUUUUCCUUCCCCCUGCUCCAAGCAGCAACACAAGGAGGGUCCUGGCUUGGUGGUUCAGCCCUGGAGCUUGGAAUAGCAAUGGGAGGAUCCUGAGAAUCUGGGCUGGGUGGGGAAACUGGAGGGAGGUGGUGAGGUGAGGAGAGGGGAAAUGUGGGAAAAUCCCAAACUGCUGCUCUGGGCUGUCCCUGUUGGGGUAGGGAGUUUGGGAAGCAUGUCCGGGGGAAGGUGGAAUGUGACAAACAUAGAGCUGCUUUUGUCCUGGAGGCAGGAGAUGGUCCAGGAGAUUCCAAAGUGAGCAAUCAGAACCACAGGUCAAAGACCAAAAAUUGAUGUCAAAAAUGUCUGUCACCUGGGGCUGGCUUUUAUUUUAGCCAGUAGUGCCCUUGGCCAGCCUUGAUGCCCAGCCUCCCCAGGAUCACCAGCCUCAUCCCUGCACCCUUGGACCCAGUGCCUGUGGGGCUGCAACAGCUUCCAGGGGGAACUGGGAGUGACUGGGAAGCCAGGAGUGGAUUUUAGGGGCAGUUAAAAGGAGAGGAGAGAGACAAAGAUCCAUCUGCAUCUCUCAUUGCUUGGGAAGGGGUGGAAAGGGGGUGAUUAAUGCCAUUACAAAUUAUUGUGCCAAGUACUAAAUGUUUGCACAGCACUUUAGGAGCCUUGGGCUGCCCUCUCCUUGCUGGGUGCUGGGCCAGCUCUGGGCACAGGGUUUGCCUUGACAAGUUUCACUCCUCAAAACCCUCCUGACAAAGGUGUCCCUGAGGGGGUUUCCAUGGUUUUGGCACUUAGGGCACCUCUGGGUGCAGUGGCAAGGGAAGGUGGGAAUCUGUGGGGGAGGAAGUUCUGGGAAAGGGGAAGAGGAGUCCCAGGAAGGCAAGGUUUGGUGGAUAGACCAGUUUGGCAUUGCCAAGUGGGAUGCCCUUGGGAGCACAUGCAUGGUGUGGGUGCAUCCACUGGCCCUGAGGGCCCUGCUUCCCCAGUAUCCAAGGAGUAGGAUGUGGCAUCCCUAGGGACAGUGUCUGUAAGCUCUGCAGGUGUCCAGGGCUUGCUGGGGUGAUUUUCCCUGCCUGGCAUGGAUUGUGACAGGGUUGAGGUUCUUGCUGUGACUGAAAUGGAUGGAGACCCCUCUGCAUUCCUGCUGUUUUAAGCAUUGGACUCUGCAUUGCUCCCCUGGAGCUUCCCAACACCUUCCUGCUGCUGAGUCACAGCUGGAUGAGCAUUUUUCCAGCUGCUCUGAAAGCACCUGAGGCUGGAGGUCCCUGGGCUCCUGGGUGCUGCCCUUUUUGCAUCCCAAAACUGGGAAGGAAGCCCCCCAGUCUGUCUGAGCCACACAGCUGGCACACCUUGUGAGAGUGGAGGGUGCCUGUGGAGUGCCCAGAUCCAGGACAUGCAGGUAUUGCCACCCACAGAGUGGGAUUCACCCCUUGGAAUGCUGCCACCACCACCGUGCCCCCUGCCAGCCCCUCCAUGGGAGCACCAGCAUUUAUUUAUUGUGCCAAAGAGAACACUUUGUUUGCUCUCCAAGGAGCAUAACAAAAAGACCUUUUUUUUCCCCUCAAAAACGAGCUGUGACAUCCUUCCCAUGAAAUUCCCAGCUGUGCCCCUCCCUUCCAUGCUGGCCUAGGCUUUGGUGCUUUAUAGCUUAAGGAAUAUUUGCAGUGGUUCCUGCUGCACCUCGGGGCAGAGCUGUGGCUGGGGGCUGACCCAGCUCCUGGCACUCACAGCUGGGAUCCCUGGGGGUGUUUGGGCACUGCAGGUGCUGAUCCUGACCUCAAGCUGAGAUCUAAAGCAGGGUGUGAUAACCCCCCCACCAGCUGUGGGUGCUCUGGGUGGGGAUGCUGCAGGGCUGGCACCCAGCACCGCGUGUUUCAUGGAUCCUGGAAUGGUUUUGGUGGGAAAAGACUAAAGCUGGUCUGGUUCCAGCCCUCCUGCCAUGGGCAGGGACACUUUCCACUAGACCAGGUUGCUUCAAUCCCCAUCCUGGCCUUGAAUACUUCCAGGGAUGGGGAAUUUAUUCCAGCUGAAGGCAGGCUGAGCUUGGCUGGCUUUGUUCUGUCUCCAGGAGAAGAGCUGACUCUGAUCCCCUGCACCCUCCUGAGCUGGUGGAUGCAUGGAGUCAUUCCUGUGCUGUAACCUUGUCCAGUGUUACCAUGAUGUAUAAAGUUUUGUACAUACGAGAUUCAGAGCUUUUUAACUUUUAAUAUUUAUUAAUUCUGUUGGUUUUUUUUUUUUUUUUUUUUGAACUCUAACAUAAUGUAAAAAAAAAAAAUAAAAAUAA